UAAACUCCGUGUAUUUGCAGUGAAGUCUGGUGUGAAGCUGUUUGUUCUUUACGCAUGAAGAUAAAGAUCCGCUAAAGCUGCUGUCAGCGUCUCCAAAGUCAGUCUGUCCCUUUCUACUAUGGCGUCUUCUGCAGAAUGGCAGUAGUGUUCAGCCUUGUGUCGUUAACUGUCACCAAGGUUUUACAGUUUUCGGGACUUAGCGACAACAGGAAUGCGCUGAAGACUCAGAAGAUGGAGGAGAAAGCGCUGGAAGUUUACGAUGUGAUUCGAUCGAUCCGGGACCCGGAGAAGCCCAACACCCUGGAGGAGCUGGACGUGGUGACGGAGAAAUGCGUGGAGGUCCGGGAGCUCGGAGAGGACGAGUACCUCAUCAUUAUCAAGUUCUCUCCAACCGUCCCCCACUGCUCUCUGGCCACUCUGAUCGGCCUGUGCUUACAAGUGAAGCUGCAGCGAUGUUUGCCAUUUAAACACAAGUUGGAAAUUUACAUUUCAGAAGGAACCCAUUCUACUGAGGAAGAUAUUAACAAGCAGAUCAACGACAAGGAGCGAGUGGCGGCCGCCAUGGAAAACCCAAACCUGAGGGAGAUCGUGGAGCAGUGCGUCACCGAACCGGAUGACUGACGGAGGAAGCUCCACCAACCUGAAGCAAACCCCCGUGUGUGUGUGUGUGUGUGUGUGUGUGUGUGUGUGGAUAUUAUUAUUCAGACGAUUCUGCUCUGGGGAGUUUGCAGGUGUCUGGAGGAUUUUCUGGAGAGUCUCCAGUGAGAAGCUGAGGAACACUGAGGAGGUGAUUUAAAGCCAGAAUGGAAGCUGGAAUAAAGCCACAGAUGUGUGUUGACUUUCCCAUCAUUCCCUGCCGGGCCGCCUCAUGAUGCGCAGCAGCAGGUCUUUGUUGUUGUCGUCGUCUGCAGAGUUCUAUUUAAGGACACGCUGCAGAAGAAGUGGGCCAGUGUUUUCAUCUUUUCCUGUGUUGACUGUUUUUAGAAAUCUGUCCUUUUUUUAAAAUGCACUCAUCCGCUGGUUCAGAUUUAUGUCUGAGUAGAAAAUAUGAAUCUUAGAGGGAAUGAUUUUUAAAAAGAUAAAUGUAAAAAAAGAAUCUGAUAUUAAAAGCUACAUCAAAGAGAA